UCUCCUUUUUCUUCUUUCCCAGAUCUUUUUUGGUAUCUUUCCGAGAAAAUGAGAGAGUAUUUACUACUUAUUGAGAAAACACCUCCACGUUCUUUGCCCAUCUCGUAGGUUACGCUUACUCAUAUCAUAUUGGCAGCUAGCUGAUUUUUUUUUUCUUUCUGGCAAAGCUCAAAAGUUUUAGCUUCCUUGUAACUGCUUUCCGUUUAAGGUUCUUCUUCCCUACGAAGCUCCGUGAUCUGGCCAUCUUUGCUUUUGAUUUGAGAAUUCAUUUAUUUUCCAAAGGUGUGUAUGGAGAAAAAACGAGAGAUUUGUGAGUACAGGGAGAGACUUGACAAAACCUUGGCGUCUCCUGCGCUUACAAAUGAGCAAACUCUUAAAACCCUUAUCAGAAACCAGCUAAAUGAAGAAGAGUGUAGUGUGGAUGUAUUGGAUCAACGAGUUGCUGGCUUAUCUAGUAUACUUGAGAAGCUUAGGAGUGUUUCAGCAAAGGAUCAAGAUUUGUCUAACCCAACCAAAGAAGCAUCUUGUGGUGAUUGGAAAGUGAAACAUGAUCAUGAAGAUUGUCGUGUUAUGUACCGUGAAGGAUUUGAUGGAAGUCCGUUUCACACGUUGCUCGUUGAAGGUUACAUGGAUGGGCCCAUCCAGGACUGUCUAUGUGUAUCUUGGGAAUCAUCACUCUAUGAGAAAUGGUGGCCAAACUCUGUAUUUCCAGCAUUCAGGAUCUUACAAACUGGAUGUUUGCAAAAGUUUCAGAUCAAUGAACAGAUAUGUUUAGUGAGGGUGAAAGUACCGUGGCCAAUGACAAACAGAGAAGCUAUUGUGCAGUUUUUCUUAUUUGAAUACUUCAAAGAUGGUUUAGUCAUCAUCCUACUCAACUCGAUCUCAGCAUCACAAGUAGAGAGCAUUGGUAUAUCUGAAGAAGCAGAGAAUGCUGUGAGGAUUGAUUUAGUAGGUGGAGUUGCUAUACAAAAGGUGUCUCCUGUGAGGAGUUACCUGAGAUACUUAGUGGAGUUCGAUAUAAAGCUGGACUUGAUUCCUCCAUCUCUGAUCAACUUUAUGUCUAGGCAGCUCCUAGGCAACGGUUUCAAACUUUUCAAGGAGACUAUAGGUUCGGUGGUUAAAUCAGAAGAUUACGCCAAAGUUUUUGAUGGUCCAUUGUACACUCUUGCACGUAAAGCUCUGUAUCCUCUUACUGAUAACACUGAUGAAAAUGUUCAAGCAAGUGAACGUGCACCUUUCAAAGGAAAUGUUCAUGAGAUUGAGGAAGAAGAAGAAGAUAAAAGUGUUUCUUCUUUCUCGGAAGAGGAUGAAAAUGUCAAUGGGAAGUCUCAGAACAACGAUGGUGAAACACUUUUCUGCCUAAGUCCAGAGGUGAAGCAAGCACUAGGGACACUAGAGAGAGUGAUAUCAAUGGUUAGAAAAUCUAGAAAACAUGAUAAUACCUCAACCUCUUCAGAGGAAGAAGAAGGGUCAUCAUCAUCAUCAUCAUCACCAAAACAGCAUUCAGAGAGCACCGCGGCUGUUUCAAGCAGCAAAGUUUGUAGUCAAGAUCCGAAAAAUGAAGUUCUUGAUGAAGCAUCCCUCGCGCAUUAUCACAACCAAAACAACAACAAUAGGCGAAGUGGAUCAAGUUCUUUUGCUGGAUCUACCAAGAUCGAUCUUACAACAAACUCUGAAGAGGUGACAAGGAUAACAAUCUCACAAGCCACAACUAUUUUUAGCAAAGCAGAAGAGAAUAGUGACGACAAACCAAACGGUUUAAGUGGAGGUAGGAGCUCGAUUCUGCAGAGAAAACGUAGACCAGGCUGCUUCGGAAUCAGGUCAUGGAUGAGAAGGACUUGAAAUAGCCACUAGGGAGUAAAGCCAAGCCAGAGGUUUAGUGUCUUUCAAGUUGCAAAGAGUUUAAAGCAAACUACUAUCAAUAUAAGGAAACAUCAGUCGUUUCAACUUACAUGUUAUAGUGUGAGAUUAGCAACAAGUGUUGUCAACAAAUAUAGUGAUGUAACGUUAAUAAAAGAAACAAUGCUGUAAAGUGUUAUAAACAAAUGUGGAUUGCUAGUAACCAAAGGCCAAAACCGUGGCCCAUAGGAGAGAGAGUCGGCGGCCCAAAGGGAGAGA